GCCAAUCAGCACUAACCAAAGCCAAACAAGGCUUCGAGGACAAACGGGGAAGAGGAGGUAGGGAGGGAAAGGCUUGACGUAGAUUAUGUCGUUGUGGGGACGGGGAAGUUAGCGUAUCACAGUCCGCAUUAUCACAACUAUGAACUCCAAUUCUCCACGUAUCCCAUCCCCUUUUCUCUCUCCACAGUGAAAGACAAUGGUGGUUUUUGAACAAUGAAGAAGAAGAGAAAGACUACUGGGGGGUUAUGCUUCUUCCAUGGCCUGUCAUUCUGCUUACUGUUCUGCCUUUUCACCAUCACCACCGAGGGGUUUUUAUGCCAAAUUCAACUCUUCAAGAAGAUACAUUUGUAAACCUAUUCACCUUUCUCCCAUCACCAGCCGUAGAGCUUCUUAUAACACUCUUGUUUCUGAGGCUGUUAGGCUAUUGGGACCGCCAGCAAGUUUUGAAGCUUCAAAGCUGAAAGUUGAUUUCAUGGGAGAGAGCAUGAAUGACUAUUCUAGAAUUCUUCCAAGGACAUACAUCCUAUCACAUUGUGACUUUACGGCUAACUUAACCUUGACUAUCUCCAACGUAAUCAACAUUGAACAGUUAAGAGGGUGGUAUAUCAAAGAUGACGUAGUAGCUGAGUGGAAGAAAGUGAAAGACGAUAUCUGUUUACAUGUUCACUGCUAUGUGAGUGGCCCCAGUCUCCUGCGGGACCUUGCAGCUGAGUUUAGAUACCACAUAUUCUCUAAGGAAAUGCCUUUGGUUCUUGAAGCUGUGCUACAUGGAGAUUCAGUACUUUUCAGGGAACAUCCUCAGCUGAUGAAUGCCUCAGUCCAGGUUUACUUCCAUUCAAGCUCAAAAAAUUACAAUCGCGUGGAACAUUGGGGGCCACUCAAGGAUGCUGCAGAGGUAUCAUUAGUUGCAUAAAUAUGGACGAUUAGAAGGACGUAUUCAAGGUUUAUUGACUACAAAUGAAGGUUCCCUGUCUCGCAAAAUGUGGCGAAGGCCAAAAUCCAUUUUCCAAGCUGUGUUUGCCUUUCUUCUUUGAAUAACAACACAAUGUAAGAGGCCGACUGAAUGCUUUGGGUGCAGCAUCUCAGGCCAGCACCAACUUCAGACUCGGUCUUUUCACAGCAAAAGCACGAGAAUGCACAUUUUGGGAUUCGAAAGACAAGGCUCAAAGUAAAAGAUUAAUUGCUUUGAUUCUUUUGGAACUAAUAACAAAUUUGUUCAAUUCUAAAACAUUGUUUACCAUUUCUUUCCAACUGAGCCAUUUGUUCAUUACUUAAUCAAUGGCCUGUGUCUUUCGUUGCUUUGUAAAUUCAACUUGUAGGCUGAAGUCUUGUUUCCAAGCUGUGUUUUAACACACAAUCUCUCUCUUUUUGAUAUUUUUUCCUUUUUAUUCGCCCCUGGGCAUGAUGAACUUGGACCCGGAAACCUUCUAAUUUAUAGUGAUUGACUCCAUUGCUGGAAGCAUAGAAGAAACAUCAAGAUUUUUUAUUGCCAAUUAGUUGUGCAU